AUGAUAUUAGACCUAACAGAAGAAGAUAUCAUUUUCUUGAUCGAGCUAUGCUUAAAGUGCAGUUAUUUCAAGUUUCGUGACAAAAUAUACCAACAAAAAGAUGGAAUACCGAUGGGGUCCCCAAUCUCACCCGUUUUUGCUGAUCUUUUUAUGGAAAGUCUAGAAGAUACUAUCCUUCCAAAUCCAUUUAUCCAUUUCUGGAAAAGAUAUGUAGAUGAUACCUUCACCAUAAUCAAGGGAAGAAAAUGCCAAGAGAUAUUGAAGAAAUUAAACUCUUUUCACUAUAAUAUAAAAUUUACCACGGAAUUAGAAGAUGAUGGUAAAAUCAAUUUCCUGGAUGUACGUUUGAAUACCAAACCUGAUGGAACAUUUGGUCACACGAUCCAUCGAAAAUUGACACAUACAGACAGAUAUCUACAUUUUACAUCCUUCCAUCAUAUGUCGCAUAAAAUAUCAGUAGUGGACGCAUUGGCAUAUCGAGCUUUUAAAAUUUGUGACUCAAUGUCUUUAGAUGCUGAAUUAUCACAUAUCAGAAACAUUUUACGGGGCAAUGGUUAUCCUCUAUCCCUUAUUGACAGAAGAAUUGAAAAAAUGAAACAACGAGUGCAGACUAAUUCUCACCCCUCUACUGUGGAUACAACACCAAGAUUCGUUUUACCGUUUACUGGACCAACAACAAGUCGCUUAACGGAUUAUCUCAGACGAAAGACACAAUUUGAUUUUGGAUAUACACCUGGAAUCAAGCUUCGUCAUUUUCUAAGUUGUCAUAAAGAUACUAAACCAAAACUAUCUUGUGGCAUUUACAGGAUUCCAUGCAAUGAUUGUCCAGAUAACUACGUGGGCGAAACCGGACAAAGGACACUUGAGGUUCGUAUCAAAGAACACGGCCGAGAUAUCCGGAUGAUGAAAGACACAUCAGGAGUCGCUCAACACAUUGCCAACAAUCCAACUCAUACAAUAAAUUUCAAAGAUGCAAAAAUGAUCCACCACGAAGCCAGAUAUUUCGCUAGAAAAUUCAAGGAAGGACUUUACAUAAACGCUGAACCGCGACCCAUGAACUUAAAUGACGGCAUGCAGCUAAAUCCCAUAUGGACUCCGACCUUAAUCCCUUUACUUUAA